AUGUUUGCUCCCUCUGGCGGCCAGAGCCGAUUAGCACCGGCGGCCAAUUGGGCACUUCGACGUCCGUUAUCUCGGCUGCCUGGGCGACAAUGGAGAGCGCUACUGUACAUGCUGCAGCAUCUCUCCGACUGGAUCUCCGCAUUUGUUGCCAGGGCAAGCUGCAAGAAGCGCAUCAGCCGCUGUGGGCUGACGGCCUGGGAGGCUCGGCCGUCCAGAGGGGAAAGUGGAGAACGCCCAUCAAUCGGUCCAGCCGCUCGUGUACGGGGCCUGCUCCAGCGUCCCCGCUCACAUGGCCUCGUUGACGUGCCGCCUGGCUUCGGGAUGACUGGAUCGAGCACUCCUUCUCUGCCGUUUUGCCACAUCCAGGCCGUCUUGUCUCACGCUCGACGCCUCUCGCUGCUCCAAUGGGCCGGCCAGGAGAGCAAUCGAGACGUCCCCACGAUUGCCAAUCAGCUGAUUUACAGAGCAUGCGGGCAGUUCACAGACGAGGACAAUUCAGUACCUAGCGCUGGCCGUGGCGCCCUCUAUCGUGCCGCAUCCGCACCUAGCUGGAGGAGCUGGAGGUCGUAA